GGCUGGAUUCUUUCUCUGCAGGACCCACUUGCCAGAGGAACUGAAGAGAGGACCCGAGACCUAAGAUGGAGGCCUUCUCUCUGCUGCUCCUCGGUCUGGGUUUGGUUCUUGCAGGAGCUCCAGAAAGCAUAAUGGAGAUACUUAAUAAAGAAUUUUCGGGGGCAGAGAUGCAGUAUGACGUGGCAAACAGCGACCAAGAAAAACAGACUAGUGAGGUAUUAAUGAACUUGACUCUGUUAUAUAAAAAUACCAGCACCAGUAUGUCCAAGGAUAUUCUGUUUUCCUUAUUACUGACAUCCAGAUUACAUUAUAGCUUCCCCAGAGGAAAUGGUCCAGGUAACGGCAAAGAGUAUUGCAAUGACGUGGUGGUCGGGAAAAAAGUUUCCGAAGCUAAUGGGUCGUGCAGAUUGAGCAAUAACUUCAUCUGCGGCUCCAUGGAAGUGAUGCCCGGGGUCUGUGAGGCCUCCAGCUGCAAGUGCGGACAGAAUCUUGGCACCAGCUGCUCUAGGAACCCACAUCUGGAGACCACUAUGUUCCAGCACACUAUGGACAAACAAUUCCCCAGGUGCCAGUACCACAGUGAUACCUCAUUAAAGAAAAUAUUGGCAGUGCUGACAGGUAAUUUUCUGAUGAGCUGGUUAGUUAGUGGCUCUAACUUGUAAAUCCCACAGGGCUUUGAGACUGGAGUCUCUCUAAAGAAGGACAUCCUUAUUCUCAUUAUUGUUUGUUUCCUUCUAUUAUCCAUACCUACCUUUUCAGCAAUGUAGUAAACUCUUGAUUAUCUAUACUAACUGGAGGAAUGAAAAAUGCAAAAUUGUUAAUUCAAUUAAAAUUCAUAACUGAUCCUGGAGUACAGAUACUGUUUCUCUCUCUCCCCCUCCCCCACCUUUCUCUCUCUGUCUCUCUCUGUCUCUCUCUGUCUCUCUCUCUCACACACACACACACACACACACACACACACACUCACUUUCUCUGAACCAAAAUGAAUUCCAUCCCAGCUCAGCAAUAAAGCCAAGAAGCAGAAUUCAUCCAACCUGACAAAAUUAAGAGAAAGGGCCCAAAACGAAUAUUGUUAAUUGAACGUUAAUUGUACUACCACUGAGACUAUUCCGAGAAAUAGUGAGUGAUAAUAGGAGAUACUGUCAUCACUGUUUCUUUUCAAAUAAGUGUGCACAUUGAUGCUCACAAAUGUGAGCACCCACCCAUGCAACCAGGUGCCAUGUGUCCUCCAGAAGAUGCCAGAAGAAAAAGAUGCUUUUUCUAUGCAAUCUCCAUUCUUCCAUCCUUGUCCCUAUCUAUGUCACAGGUUGAAUAAUAAAGCUCUUAUUGCAAUUUUUACUCA